ACAGCGCAGCCAGUGAGUGCAGCCAGAGAGAGACAUAUGAACAUCGAUGGUGAUCCGAUAUCUCUCAUGCAGUGGGCGGGCAGGAAUGACAAGUCCCUACUUAACGGCACACAAGGAAACAAGGAACAGACCAAGAGAAUGGGCAGGCACCAAUCACCAUCCACUUAUCAGACACACGUCUCAGCGACCACCACAGCCAACAACAUACACAGCCAACAACAAUUCUCAACAACCAUACUAAUCCCGCCAUCUGGUCAACUCCAUUCGUUGUCCAUCCCGGCCGCCCUCCUCAGCAAGUCUUCACACGUCGUCAUGCACUCAGACGUCGCCUUGGUCAGCCCGUCAAGAUACACUCGCAUCUCACGAGUCGACUCCACUAUCUCACGGGGAACCCCACACCGAACCUCUCGCCGGCCCCUCCCCAUCCUGCUCUUGGGCAGCAUCAACUCUCUCUCCCUCUCGCCACCUUCACCGAUGUCUCUCUCAUACCCACUUGUCGCUCUGUCACCACUCGUCUCCUGGUCCAUCGCCCAGCCGGCGACCGAUAGAGUGUCCUCGUCAAUGUCAAUGUCAAUGUCCGGGGUUGUCUGUGGAGGCGUGAAGUCAUAGUCGGUCGGCUGCGGGGGCAGGGGAGACGACAAUCGCGACGGCGAUGCUGCACGAUGCGGCGGCUUCCUGGGGUAUAAAGGCGCUGUGUCGUCAUCGCGAGACCCGUCGGGGCUCCGCAGGUCAGCGACUAGGGUCUGCAUCCAUUUCUGCUCGCGUGGUGUGAGCCUGUCUCGCAUCAGCCCGUCGAAUCGCUGCAAGUCGUACUCUGUGAAGCACGCGUCUGUGAAUGUGGGCGGCCGGGGGAUCGCUGUGGGCAGGGAGAGGCUGGGAGGGGGCUGCGAUCGGGAUGAAGGCGAAGCUGAAGCUCGGGGGCGGCGGAUCUUGCCCUGCAUGCACAGAUCGAUGGAGAAAGAGACACAAUGCUAUACACCCUUGUGCCGCCCUUUCAUGAUCCACUCGCUUACCGGCGAUGUGUCUCUCGUCGGAGGGAGGCACAUCGCCGGUCGAAUCACUGUGCCACCCUCGCCGCCCCGUCUCCCUCUCAUCGAGCUCCCUUUCGGCAGCCAAGCAUUCACCAACAUCCGGACCAGCCACGCGAGCUCCUCUCCCCGCACCCACCGAUGGACUUCAGGCGCCUCUGUCAUGGCUUUAGAGAUGAAGUGGGCGAUUCUGCCCUCGUGGCCUUCCUCGAUGUGCUGAAGAAGGGUGAUGGAGCGGUUGAGAGCUGUGUGGGCAGUCUGCAGAGAGGAGUGCAGCGAGGCGAGGGGCUUGUCUGACGCUGAGGAAGGCUGAUCGGCGAUCCCAAUGACAGGGGGAGGAGAGGGGCCGAGCUCUGUCAUACACACAGAAGGAAUGACCUGAGGGCCCAACAACAAUUGAAGCGGGGAACUGGCUGACCGUGCUGCAGUAGGUUCUCGAGGUGCCGCAUGACAUCCGCCUUGGACAAAUAUGAAGUUCCCUCGGGGCAUGGAGUUCCUUUGUACCCCUCAGGUGCAAGCUGCAGCAUUCGCCCCUGCCCUUUGAGUUCCAUCGUGCCGCCGUCGCGCUGUGCACCGGGAAAAGUCGCCGUUCUCGCCUUUUUCCGCUCUGCGGUCAGCUCCUGCUCGAGUGACUGUGUGCGUCUCUUGUGCUCUUCCAGGUCUUUUCUCAAGUCUUCCUUCUCGCGAUGGAGCUGCUUCAUGCGGCCAUCUGCAAGGGCCAACUGGGCGACACACAGAGGGUGCAUGUGUGGGGUGAGAGACUAAAUGCUGCUCCUGUGAGUUCCCCCGCUCACCCUUUGCUCGGCGGAUCUGUGACGGUCUUCGAGCGUCAUCUUCUCGUCAUCAAGGCGUCGAAUCUGCAAAACGUGAUCGUGGUGCAUGGCAUGCACGAUCCAUUUGUGUUCUCUUGCAUGCAUCAUCACCUACGUCUUCGAGUGACGACUGGUGCUUGAAAUUCGCCCCCUUGAGGCCCUUUGUCAGGUCACGAUUCUCAGUCCGCAGGUGUUCUAGCGUGGUUUCGAAGUAGCCGACUUUCCCGAGGUAGUGCCGUUGCUGACGAGAGAUGCAACACAGGCAGUCGACUUCCGUCUGUGUAUUGCGUCCUGCACGUGCUCACCGCUUCCUUGAGCCGCUCAUUCUCCCUGGUCAGCUCCUCGUUUUGCUUCUGCUUCUCUUUCACGGCCUGUCUCGCCGUCGCGUUCUCAGCGAUUGCCUGCAGAAAAUCAGCAGGAAGGGAGCCAGGGAGGCAUUAGUGGAACACGAAGGUGUGUGUCAGUCACCUCUUCCUUCUCUCGUUCGAGCUGAGCAUUUUGCGCCAGUGCGUCGUUCAGCUCCGUCUGCACGGUCUCCUUCUCCCUCUGCAGCUUCGCAAACGUUGCGCGAUCGGCUCUCUCUUGCUGCGAACACACGCGACAUCAGCAAGGAGGUGAUCGGGAAGAAGGUGCAGCGAGUCAGCCACCUGUUUGCCUUCGAACGAGAGCCGAGCCCUUCGCUGCAGAGCGUCUUCGAGCUCCUUCCGGAGGCCGACAUUCUCCUCCGAGAGUUGUGUGAGGGCGGCGUGCUGCGCCUGGUGCUGAGCCGCGGCUGUCGUGAGCUCUCUCCUCUCCUGCACGAGCCGGGCAUUGUCCUGCAGAGCAGCCUCGAGCUUGACGGAGAGGGCAUUCUUCUCCCGGACCAGCCGGGCUACCGCUGCACGGUCCGCAUGAGUGGGGGACGACUGCACCACACGGACAUUGGGUUGUGAAGAUGACAGACAUGAGAUGGUAUGGGAUAUCUAUCGUUUCCUUCCUGACUCGUUCUAGUAUGGCCUGAUCGUGGCUGGCCUUGAGGCGGCUUUUCUCCAGCACAGCGGUCUCCAGCUGCUCUUUCAGUGCCUCCUUCUCCUGCAUGAGCCGGUGGACCGCCGCGCGCUCACUAACUAGACGUGUCUGCAACAGAUAUGAGAUGAAUGACCAAGGCUGACUGUGCUCGUGGUCUGACUCACCGAGUGGGUGUCAAAUCGCGGCUCCUGCUGCUUCAUUUCAGAUGAGCGUCGAGGUGACGGACCUGAAGCGACGCUGCUGCUCCGCCGGCGAGUCUCAGAGAAGACAGGCACAGAGACAGGGGAAACCUGAGGCUGAGGAGCCUCCCCUUGCAGCCGGCCAAUGACGGCAGAUACUUCUUCCUGCGCACACCAAGGAUACACAGACAUUCAUUCAACAGACUAUGAAGGAAACAAGGCGGGAAUCGCAUCAGAUACCAUGAUAAGAGCGCAGAGCUGGUCGUAGGAGCAUGGGGCGUGGUCAGGCUUGUCGAACUUGCUCACCUGAGUGAUUUCGAACUUGAACACCUGAGUGAUUCAUGGUAUCGAACUUGCUCACCGGAAGAAGCGACCACCUGCCGUGGACUUGGUAGCAGAUGAAGAGCACGGCCACAGAGGCAGCGGCGAGUUCGUCAGCACUCACGUCCUUAAUCUCAUAAUGCACAGCCGCCCGCUGCUGCCGAUCCUGAGUGUGUGCACGGACAGUCAUCUCAUCGACACCCAGCGUGGUCAUCAGCGUGUCUUCCUGGCUGCAUAGCCUGAAUGAAACAACGACCAACCAAAGAAAGCACCAUCCUUUGCAAAGCAAAUGUUCCUCCGCUGCAGGCCAAUCCUCACCCGACGACCACAAAGUGGCAGGUGUCCCCAAUGGCCGCAAAGUCCAGCGUGGCCCGAAAGCUUCCCCGUCCAGUGACGUCGUCAGCCUCUUUCUCCUCAUACCCAAACCCCUCGACGAGCGACACGGGGUUGUCCGCCGACACAAACGUGACGGCCUCGCCAGUGGCAGCGCACGCCACCACCACCAAGUCAGGGGGCCGUGGGGCAUGGCGGCCGCUGUAUAAUGCAGUGGCAGCAACGCGGUACUCGAAGAGGCACUCGAAUGGGGAUGACGGGUGGGCAGGGAGGGGCCUGCUGAGGUCUUGGAUGGAAAGCCCUGCCAUCGUGACUACGAGUCACCGUCUGUGGACGUCUGAUGAGCUUCGGCGAGCAAUCAACGUGAGAGACAGAGAAAGAGACGGGGAGGGAUUAGUUGAAAUCAUUGCAGGAACGAAGGCGCAGUCAUCUGGAAGCACCACGGCGGCUUUCGU